AUGGAUGGCGCAGAGAUCGCAUUGGUCAAUGUGCAAUGGCCUUUUGCGAUCCACCGUGUAUCAACGGGGAUUGCGUAGCACCAGACACCUGCCACUGUCAGCCUGGAUACACUGGUACAACAUGCAACACAGACAUCGACGAAUGUGAUCUGCAGAUCAGUAUAGGAGUCUUCAACUCUGUUCUCAAGUGUGACCACAUGUGCAUAAAUUCCAUCGGUAGCUACCGAUGCGAAUGUGAAUCGGGAUACACCCUGGACACUGAUGAUCGACACACGUGCAAAGAUGCGGAUGAAUGCCUGGUGAGUCGCACCAAUAACUGCCAGCAGAAUUGUACCAACAUUCCUGGAGGCUUUGAAUGCAACUGUCAUGGCGGUUACACCAUCAACGGAGACGGUGCAACGUGUAACG